GCCCGUUGUGCCAGACGUAACCAAACCAGGGAGACGUCGCCAAGAUGACUCACCAAUACCCUGCCCUCACCACUGAGCAGAAGAAGGAGCUCUCCGACAUUGCCCAGCGGAUCGUGGCCCCGGGCAAGGGGAUCCUGGCCGCCGAUGAAUCCGUGGGGAGCAUGGCGAAGCGCCUGAACCAGAUCGGGGUGGAGAACACGGAGGAGAACCGCCGGCUGUACCGCCAGGUCCUCUUCAGCGCCGACAGCCGGAUCCAGAACUGCAUCGGGGGCGUCAUCUUCUUCCACGAAACCAUGUACCAGAAAGCCGACGACGGGACCUCUUUCGUGGACCUGGUGAAGGAGAAGGACAUUGUCGUGGGGAUCAAGGUGGACAAAGGGGUCGUGCCUCUCGCCGGCACGGAUGGAGAAACCACCACCCAAGGUCUGGACGGGCUGUCCGAGCGCUGCGCCCAGUACAAGAAGGACGGCGCCGACUUCGCCAAGUGGCGGUGCGUGCUGAAGAUCAGCGAGAACACGCCCUCCCCCCUGGCUAUCCUGGAGAACGCCAACGUCUUGGCGCGCUACGCCAGCAUCUGCCAGCAGAACGGCAUUGUGCCGAUAGUCGAACCCGAGAUCCUGCCUGACGGAGAGCAUGACCUGAAACGCUGCCAGUACGUGACGGAGAAGGUGCUGGCGGCUGUCUACAAGGCGCUGAGCGACCACCACGUCUACCUGGAGGGGACCCUGCUCAAGCCCAACAUGGUCACCCCGGGCCACGCUUGCCCCACCAAGUACAGCCCCGAGGAGAUCGCCAUGGCCACCGUGACCGCUUUGGGCCGCCCGGUGCCACCCGCCGUACCAGGCGUCACCUUCCUGUCUGGCGGGCAGAGCGAGGAGGAAGCCUCCAUCAACCUCAACGCCAUCAACAACUGCCCGCUGCCCCGACCAUGGGCGCUGACCUUCUCCUACGGCCGCGCCCUCCAGGCCUCGGCCCUCAACGCCUGGCGGGGCGAACGGGAGAAUGAGAACGCGGCCACCGAGGAGUUUGUGAAGCGCGCCGAGAUCAACGGCCUGGCCGCGCUGGGCAAGUACGAAGGCUCCGGGGAUGAGUGCGGGGCCGCCGGGCAGUCCCUCUACGUCGCGAACCACGCUUACUGAGCCCCGGCGUUCCUCUCUCCGGCCAGGCUUAUAGGGCCCCUUGUGACGGCGUCUCCCCUUCUCGCUCCCUCCCACGAUCAGCCACGCCAGUCGCCCUCCCCAGCCCACCCUUAGCUUCUUCUACCUUAGCCGUGACAGGAGCUCAUCGAAAGCCACAAGAGCGUCCGGCGCGCGAGAGGCAGCGAAUGCACGAGUGACGGGGAGGGCAGGAGGAAGAAGACGAAAAGCCGGUUAAGGAGGGGUCCUGCCAUGGAGGCAGGGGAAACGAUCACCCAGGCCUUCCUUGCUGGAUUGUUGUGUAGCUCUGAGUCAUGGAUGCAAAGGGACUUUGGAGCUUCAUUAAAUGCUGUGUCGAUUUAGAGACCUGCAGGCUGAAGGGGGGGGGGGAUCAGGAUGCAAACGGGGGUGUGCGUGCAGGAUGACUCUUUGUCACCUGGGGAAGGUUUCCUGUAGCUUGUAAUGAGGAAUAUUUGGGGGCUGGCAGGUAGGCCCCUGCGUUGGGAAGAGUGGUCAUCCUCUCACUGGCACUCCAAAGCCCAUCCCCACCUGCCUGCUCCCCCCCACUUUUUGCAUAACCAGGGUCCCCCCCAACCCCCACGUGGCACUACACUGUGAUGUGAGCUGUAGCUUUGCCAGGCUGCUCUGCAUUUGCCAUCCCGUCUCCCCCCCCCGGCCCGGUGGCAUGGAAGGCACCAUGCCCCCCCUGGGCACGGACCCCCGUUACUGCCCUGUGUGUGCGUGAGCGUGUGCCGUGGGCUCUUUCUGCACCCGAUGUACCAAACCAUUCCCGAGCUAAUAAAUGAUAGAGGAGUGACGUGA